AUGUCUUUCAACGCUUCUUCAUCAUCACAACCUACAAAAAGUGUUAAUGAAGGGUUGGAUUCAUCGGACAAUAUAUUUUCCUAUUUAUUGACUUUAACACCAGAUGAGUUGAAUUUAUUGUAUGGUCACACUUGGACAUGUAAAGCUGUGUUUAGAUUCUUGCCGGAUAUUGCUAAACAAUAUGUGAUGAGAAUGUUGUUGUGUGGUAGUAUUAAUAGUCAACAAAUUGCUAUGGAUAUUCCUAAAAAACUUACUAACUUGUCUGGAUAUCUCGAUUCCAAUGGAGCAAAGAAAGGAAGAGAACAAGAUCAAGAAGCAAUUUUACAAGAAGUAAGAGAUGCUCACGAAAAUGCCUUUUCACAACUUUUAAAAUAUAGAAUCAUUUCAAAAACAUCAAAUUCCGAUUUUACACUCAAUAGAUAUUUCCAAGAUACAUUUAGGAAUUUAGUCACCAGUGUACCAUCAGCACAAGCUCCAACAACAAGUCACUCCUCUAGUCACAAGAGGAAGGAACAAGAACCAGAAACAAGUAUAUCAGAAGAAAAUAUGGAUGAAUUGGAACCAAAAAAGAAAAAGAGAAAAAAGCACAAGACUAAGGAAAUUGGAGCUGAAUUCUUACAAGAAUAUUCUAAAAGAAAAUGGGAAAAUGUACUGUUAUAUCUAGUAGGAACAGCAGCUGAAUCAGAGCAAACAUUCUCAGGAAAUGUUAAUGAACUGCUCAAGUAUUCACAAUUAAUCAAAAAAUCUGAUACUGUAAGAAUUACCAAUGAAGGUUUCCAAUUUUUACUUCAAGAAACCAAAGUUCAAGUUUGGAAACUUCUUAAACAUUAUCUUGAAACAUCUGGACAAAGAAAUCAAGUCAAGAAUGAAAUUCUUAAUUUUAUUUUCGAAUUGGGAUUUUUGGAUGUUGGAAAAGAGUAUAGUAGUAAGGAUCUGACAAGUACUCAAAAGAGUUUACUCGUCGAUUUUAAUGAUCUUGGUAUAAUUUAUCUUCACAGAGAUAAAAAGAAGAAGAUUAAAGACAAGUACUUCUUCCCAACACCUCUCGCCAAAAGUUUGACCGUCUCAAUGAGUACAAGUUAUGAUUUGAUUUCAUCAUUUGGAUCUCACAAUAGUAUCAAUAAUGGAUAUAUUAUUGUAGAGACCAACUAUAGAGUUUAUGCCUAUACUAAUUCUCCACUCCAAAUUGCUCUCCUUUCCCUAUUUAUUUUCCCUGAAUAUCGUUUACCAAACAUGGUUGUUGGAUUAAUUACAAGAAGUACAAUCAGAGAAGCUUUGAAAAAUGGUAUCAGUGCGCACCAAAUUCUUCAAUUCUUAAGAUUGAAUGCUCACCCUCAAAUGAGACUAAAGAAGCCUGUCAUUCCUGAUACUGUCUCUGAUCAAAUUCUCCUCUGGGAAAAGGAAAGAAACAGAGUUAUCAAGACUACCAGUGUUGUAUACGAUAAAUUUACCAAUGUAAGCGAAUUGAAUGCCACCGUUGACUAUGCAAGAAGACAAGGAGCUCUUUUGUGGCACAGUGAAGAAAAGAUGAUGAUGGUUUGCAAGAGAGAAUUCCACGGACUGAUGAAGGAAUUUAUUUCAAGUCAAUAUUCUAGAUAA